AUGAAGAUUCUUGACGACGAAGAGAGAAACGCUCACUGGAACGCCGUGCUCCGUCAGGGUGCCAUUGGUACCGUGGUGGGCCUUGGAGUUUCCGCUGGAAUUGUCACUUUUAUGAAGAGAAAACAGCCUUUGAGGUACCAGUCGUUUAACGCUUCCUUGAAGACCGCCAUGUGGGUGAUGCCUACGAUUACCAUUGGUGCUUUCUUUGCCGAUGAAGGUUCCGUCAAGUUUGACGAGGAAAUGCACCGUUCUGACUACCUUAACCAGCAAGAGGCUGAAAAGUUGAAGGAGUGGAACAAAAUGUCGCUUUCCGACCAGAUUUUCACCAGAGUCAACGACAACAAGUACAAGAUCAUCAUUUCCGCCUGGGCUCUUUCCCUUUGGGGCUCCUGGCACUUUGUCAACAAGGACAAGUACUUGUCUACUACGCAAAAGGCUGUCCAGGCCAGAGUGUACGCCCAGGCCAUCACUGUGGCUUUGCUCUUGGGAACUGUGCUUUUGUCGAUGCACGAGCAAGAAUUGAAGAAGAAGCAACCUCCUCCAGUGCCUGAGUGGAAGAAGUUCUUGGACGAGCAAGAGAGCCACAAGAAGGAGCAGGCCGCCCACCAGAAGGAGCAGGCUGCCCACAAGGAUAAGCCAGAGGAGAAGGGCAACGAACAAAAGACCCUUGAAAAGAAGUCGGACGAGAAGAAGGAGUUGCUCAAGCAGGAAGGUAACAAGGAGAGCUUGUAA